AUGACUCGACCAUUAGUCGAUUUCAUGAUGGGAGGAACUGCAGCUGCUAUAUCGAAGACCGUAGCUGCUCCCAUUGAACGCGUCAAACUUCUUAUACAGAACCAAGGAGCUAUGGUUGCCUCUGGAAGGCUUGACCGACUUUACAAGGGCGUCACUGACUGCUUCAAACGGACCGUCUCACAAGAAGGUAACAGUGCGAGGAUUAAUGCGACGAACGUGCUCAGAUACUUCCCCACCCAAGCCCUGAAUUUUACAUUUAAAGACACCUUCAAGCAGUUUUUUGGGUUCGAAAAAUCAAAAGGAUUCAGUUUAUGGGUUCUUGGUAUGUCAAUGAAGUGCCAGGAAACGUUGCCAGUGGAGCAGCCGCUGGAGUAUCUUCCUCUGUCUUUGUGUAUUCACUUGAUUAGCAUUGACAACCGCAACGGCUGUGACGCAGCGCCCGUACACGCUUAUCAGCUGAUGGACAGAGCUCCGCCAAAGGGGGACAACGUCAAUUUUGUGGUUUGA